AUGUUCUUCACCACCGUAGUAUCGGCCGUUCUUCCACCGGUACACUUACUGGCUUACUCCGCUUUGAUUGGGACGGAACUAUAUCAGACCUUCGUGGUAACGAAGAUUACUUACAGGACUUUGCCCAGGCCGGCAUUUGUGGGUUUGCAAAAGCAACUCUUUCCAGCCUACUUCAAAGCCCAAUCGCUGCUUUUACUCGUCGUGGCGCUGACACGUCCACCUUACGGACCAUUCUCGUCAUUCGGGGAACUAGCCAGCUGCAUUCCUUUUGUAAUCGCCGGGGUGACUACAGGAUUGAAUUUGGUCUUGUAUGGGCCGCGGACUAGGGCUCUAAUGAUCGAGAGGGCAACUCAAGCCACACGCGAUUCAAACUUGCAUAGUGGUCAAGGUGUAAAGAGUGAGGAAAUACUUGUGCUUAACAAAGCGUUUUCUCGUGCGCAUGCAAUGAGCAUUCAUUUGAAUCUAAUCACAAUUGGCGCAACGCUUUGGUAUGGGUGGCAGCUGGCUUCAAAGCUGCAGUUUUAGGGCUAUUGUGAUCUUCGCAAAUAGACGAGUGAAGGGAUUAGCGGGCUUGUUAAC